AUGUCUGACGCAGGAGCUCCCGAGGCGACUGCGACCGACGCCGGCGCUGCCCGCAAGGAGCAGCAGGCUCAAGAUCUUGCGCGCGCCCAGGAAGCUGGAUGGAACAAUCCUGUUCCCUUCCAGUACGACAGCGUCGUCGGUGGCACACCCGCUGAAGAUGAGACCCGAGACACCGCCGUCUGGCUCUCUGACGCCGCGAUCUACCAGUGGGACGACGAGUUCGGCGAUGUUGGAGAGCCUAACCCUGAGCUCGAGAAGAUGCUCUUCGCCGAUGAGUAUCUCCAGCGCGCCGGUGGUGCAAUCAAGGCGCUCUCGUUCGACGUGACUCUCUCGGGUCCCACCAAGAUCAGCCCCGUCCGCAACUUCGAAGAUGCAGGUCUCCACCCGAUCAUGCUUGAAAACGUCAAGCUGUGCCAGUACAAGUACCCGACUCCGAUCCAGUCCUACUGCAUCCCUGCCAUCCUGACUGGACACGACGUUGUUGCCGUUGCACAGACUGGUUCCGGCAAGACUGCUGCGUUCCUCCUCCCGAUUCUGUCCAAGCUCAUGGGCAAGGCCCGUCAACUCGCUGCGCCGCGCCCCAACCCGGUCCGCUACAACCCUCUCACCGACAAAGUCCGUGCGGAGCCGCUCGUCCUGGUGGUCUGCCCUACGCGUGAGCUUGCUUGCCAGAUCUUUGACGAGGCGCGUCGUCUGUGCUACCGCACUAUGCUGCGUCCUUGCGUCAUCUACGGUGGCGCCCCCAGCAGGAAUCAGCGGGAACAGCUCGAGAUGGGCUGUGACAUUCUCAUCGCGACUCCGGGUCGCCUCAUGGACUUCAUGUCGAACAUCAACCUGCUGUCCUUCAACCGCCUGAAGUUUACCGUAAUUGAUGAGGCUGACGAGCUCCUUUCCUCUGGUUGGGAAGAGGCCAUGGAGAAGUUGUUCGCUGGUUCAGACCAGAACGACGACGCCGACCACACGUAUCUCAUGUUCUCCGCCACAUUCCCCAAGUCAGCUCGUCGUCUGACACGUGAAUACAUGGAUGAGGAUUGCGUUCGUAUCAAGGUCGGUAGGGUUGGCAGCACCCACCAAAACAUAACGCAGCAAGUCAUCUUCGCCGAGGAGAGCGCCAAGAGCCAGGCACUGUUUGACUUGAUCUUCAGUGAAGGCCCUCAGCGCACCCUCGUUUUCACCAACUCCAAGGUGAAGUGCGACAUGGUCGAUGACUUCCUGUACAAUAAGGGCAUGCCUGUCACCUCGAUCCACUCAGACCGCACACAGCGUGAGCGUGAAGAUGCUCUUCGCUCAUUCCGUACCGGCCGCUGUCCCAUUCUCGUCGCUACCGGAGUCACUGCGCGUGGUCUGGACGUCGCCAAUGUCAAGCAUGUAAUCAACUACGAUCUUCCGUCAACCAUGCAUGACGGUAUCACAGAAUACAUUCACCGCAUCGGCCGUACCGCGCGUAUCGGUAAUGAGGGCAAGGCGACGUCCUUCUUCAACGACCGCAAUGAAGAUAUUGGCGAAGACCUCUGCAAGAUUCUGUGCGAGAGCAAGCAGGCAAUUCCAGAGUUUCUCCAAGAGCACAUGCCCGAGGAUCCCAACACUAUCGAGUGGCACGACGGCACUGACGAUGAGUCUGAUGACGGUCUUGGUGGUGGCUUUGGCGGUGGUGACGCGGGAGGUUUCGACGCCGAGGCUACUGGCUUCGGUGGAGAGGCUGCCGCUGAUACUGGAUUCGGUGGCGAUGACGGCGGUUUCGGUGGAGGUGGAGGAGGCUUCUCUGCUGAUGCCGACGCCGACGACAAGGCCGCUGCCUGCACUGCGCUUGUCCAAAUACCGCGAUUCGUUCCUCUCUCCAUCCUACACGUCACGUCGCCUAAGGGGCCGCAUCCUUUCCUCAUAUCGCUGCCGAGUCGGAAGGGCAACCUCAUCUACUGCUACGUCUUUGUUCCGCCGAAACCGGUCGAUCUCGGUGGCAAUGGCGACCAGGAGAGGAAAGAGACUGGGGAAUGGCGUGUGCCUGUGGUGCUGGAUUUUCAUGGCGGAGGCUUCAUAAUGGGAUCGCCCUUGGAGCAAGCCCCGUAUGCGUCGAUGAUGUCGCGUGAGCUCGGCGCCGUAGUCAUCAGCGUGUCCUAUCGCAUCGGACCCUUCCACCAAUUCCCCGCCGCUAUUCACGACGCGGAAGACGUGCUGUCCGCGAUCCUAGACACGAGUGGAGUUUCGAAAGCCGGCAAGGUCCUUAGAGAGGAAAUUCAGCGAUACUACUCCAUAGUACGGGAUGGCGCACUGGAAAAGAAGAAGAAGGAACCUCUUGCACCACAUCUUGAGCACGUCAAGACCAUCACCCUCGACCCUACACGUCUCGCGAUCUCAGGCUUCUCGGCAGGAGGAAAUAUCGCCUUGAACAUGGCUAUAUCAGUACCGCCCUGUCCUGAACUCGGCAUGUCGACUACGAUCGGUCCUCGCUCGCGCACGAAUGAGCCUGCGCAUGCAGACACCAUGUCGCCCAUCAUGCCCGAAAACCGCAGAGCCACUAUCCUAGACGAUCCCUUCGAGUCGUGGCCCUCUCUCCUCCCUCCCCCUCAAGCACAGCCCCGCAUGCUGCCGCUCCUCCUAUUCUACCCUUCGCUCGACGCACGCCUACUCCCACACGAGCGCCCCAUGAAACCCUUACCCAACGCGCUACGGCCAGAUGACCACCACAAACAGAAGCCGAAAGCACCUGGCCUCUUCUCAAUCAUGGGCCCGACCUACCUCCCGCGCAAACUACGACCGCACCCGCGAGCCAGCCCCGGUUUGAAUGACCCCAUGCACAUCCAGAAGAACGCCGCCAUCCUCCUCGUCCUCCCCGAAAAAGACACCCUGGCCGUGCAAAGCGACGUCUGGGUCGACAAGAUGAACAACAACGACUGGAACGGGCCUGUACGCUUCGGCGACGGGCGCUCAGGCGACUGGGACGGCCGGCAAGGUGGACAAGCGGGAUCAGACAAUGUGCCCAGUAGCCAGAACGGAGGUAUGGAAGUGUGGCACGCACCUGGGUGCAGACAUGGUUGGACGCAGUUUCCGGAUACUUUUGUACCUCAGCAUGAGCGCAGUGAGAGGGAGUUGGUGUUUGCACGGACGCUGGAUUUUGUCAGGGAUAAUUGGAGGAGGGAGUUGCAGGUUGAGAAGCGGCAGCUGGGGAAUCAGAUUCAGGAGUUGAGGAGGCUGAGUAUACCUGGUGAGGAUGAAUAA